AUGAGGUGCGGCGCAGACUCAGGCCGGGGUCCCCCCGAAGCCCCGAGAGCCAGAGAGCACGUGGAGCCAUGGGGUGUGCGGUGGAAAUGUGGUGGGCGGGGCGAGGAUGUGGGUUUGACGACUCUGACGGUACUUCUGGAGAACAUGCUCGGACUGCAGACAGCCCCGCAGACGAGCCCCGGUCCCAGGACGUCCUUCCAGAACCUGUGUCCCUCCAAGCGGAGGCCGGCGGAGGCCCCCACUCCCGCUCAGCAGCUCGGCGGCCCCGGGGCAGUGCCGGAGCCCCUGCUGCAGUGCGCGGCCUGGCUGGAUGCCUAUUUCCGCGAGCCCUCGGUCCUCGAGGGGCUCCCCGUGCCCGUGCUGCACCAUCCCAUCUUCCAGAAAGGUUUACUUGCAGCCCUGAUGUUCAAGAUGACUCGGUUCAGUUCAGUCACUCAGUCGUGUCCCACACCUUGCAACCCCAUGGACUGCAGCAGGCCGGGCCUCCCUGUCCAUCACCAGCUGCCGGAGCUUGCUCAGAUUCAUGUCUGUCGAGUUGGUGAUGCCAUCCAGCCAACCAAGAUGACUCAGGAGUCAUUCACCAGACAGGUGUUAUGGAAGCUGCUGAAGCUUGUGAAAUUCGGAGAAACGGUUUCUUACCAGCAAUUAGCAGCCCUGGCGGGCAACCCCAGGGCAGCGCGGGCCGUGGGAGGAGCCAUGAGGAGCAACCCUUGCCGGCGGCAGAGUCCAGCUGCAGAGCCACACAUGUGGGCUCCAGCGCAGGGAGCGCGGCCUGGACACGUACCCAGUGGUGAAGCCGUCUCUGAGCUCAGGAGCAGCGUGAUGGACAGGUGGAUGCAGAAGUCGCAGAAAGCCCUGGCGCCCACGGUGCGCCCGUCCUUGGUGUCCGUCGAUCCCCAUCCUCAUCCCGUGCCAUCGAGUGGUCUGCAGCAGCGGGGCCGUGGGCAACUACUCUGGAGGACCCUUUUGGCGAUGAGGGAUGCCCACCUCUCCUUCCUGACCAGCGACCUAGAGCCUGGAAGUCCGGCCGCCUGCGAGGGCAUCCUGUCUGGGCCCCGCAUGCCCUUGGUGCCACACGAACGGAGUUCCAUCUCCUGGGCCUCAGCAGCAGAGCCGCCCCAAGUGUGGGCCUCGAACUAG